CGGUUCGUUGAGCGCGCUGUGUAUGUGUGCGUGCAUAUGCACAGGAAAGAAGUAGAAAAAAAACAACAAAACACGGCAAGCGGCAGGCAUCAAAUCCAUACACACAAAAAUCAUUUCUAUUGUACAGUGCCGAAGCUGAAGUUCAUACACCGCCGAGCAGAGCAGCACAACACACAAAAAAGCGACGAGAGAACACAGAAGGAACAACGAAGAGAUAAAAAAAAGAUGUCGAGCAAACGUAAAUCAGACGCUAGAGCAGCUUCAGCUACUAAACGCGGUCGCAAGAAGAAGGUUGAUGAAGAUUUCGAUUCGGACAGUGAUAGCAGCGGUGCGAAUGGUCGUGAUUUGGACGCAGCAAAGAAAGAAAGCGUUGAAGUCCUGAUCGAAAGCACCGAAGACACCAAACUGCCGGAAGAAUUGCUCAAGACAUUCGACCGUGAACCAGGUAAACUUAUGGUCGCCGGUAUGGUUACGUGGGAACUGACAGGUCGACGUGAUCCAAAAGGGAAAGUUACCACGAUCCGUCCCAAUCUGUAUACAUUUCAUCGAUUCACUGACGAAACGUAUCGUUUGAUUGUCAGUGGCUGCAGUUCGGCACACAGUAUUUUAAUUAACAUGGAUCGCAAGGCUCUCAGCUUUGGCCGUAAUCAAUUCGGCCAAUUGGGACAGCCAGAGUUGAAAACGUAUGAGAACCCAACCAUAAUCCCUGAAUUGGAAGGUGUGAACAUAAUUCAGGCGGCUUGCGGUCGUAAUCAUUCGUUAUUCCUUACUGACACCGGUGUUGUGUAUGCUUGCGGUGACAACAAGAGCGGUCAAUGUGGCGUUGGCAACCAUACAACACAAAUCAUCCAGAAACCAACCAGAAUCAACUAUCGUGGUCCUCCAAUCAUCAAAGUCGGAUGCGGCGGUGAAUUCUCCGCCAUUCUCGACAUCAAAGGAAAUUUACACACUUUUGGACUGCCAGAGUACGGUCAACUCGGUCACAACACCGAUGGUAAAUACUUCAUCAAUUCGAACAAAAUGUCAUUCCACUUUGAAACGUCACCCAAACGCAUCGUUCUCUACAUUGAAAAGUCGAAAGACGGUCACGUCACUCCGAUUGAUGGCGUUCAAAUUGUCGACUUUGCAUGCGGCAACAAUCAUACGGUUGCAAUCGACUCGAAGAAACGUGCAUAUAGCUGGGGAUUCGGUGGCUUCGGUCGUUUGGGCCAUGCAGAACAAAAAGACGAAAUGGUACCUCGAAUGAUGAAAUUCUUUGACUCAUCGUCGCGUGGUGUGCGCAGUAUUUUCUGCGGAGCUACCUACAGUUUGGCUAUAAAUGACAUUGGCGUUCUGUACCUGUUCGGGCAGAACAAAAAGACUGGCGAGGCCAACAUGUAUCCGAAACCCGUUCAGGAUUUAUCUGGAUGGCAUAUCACAAGCCUUGGUUGCUCCAACACAUCUGUUGUCAUCUCGGCCGAUGAUACAUUGAUUGCAUGGGGUGCAUCACCAACCUUUGGCGAACUUGGUUUGGGUGAUUUGCAAAAAUCGAGCACAACGCCCAAGGAGGUGAGCAAAAUGGAAGGCAUGAAAAUUCCACAGGUGACAAUGGGUUUGGCACACACUUUGCUGCUGGUGAACACCGAAAAUGAGGCAACCAACGCCAAGUAUCUCAAAAUGCCCGAGUUCACAUUGGACGACUGAUUUGCCACCUGAUUGGUACACAAACACAACAGAACAAAACAAAACAACAAACUAUUUAAACCAAUACUUGUUUUUAUACAGCAGUUAAAAGUAUCCAGUAACAAAACAAAAAGCAAACAAAAUGAAAACUCAAUAGACCUAUAUAUGCAUGUGUUUACAAGGAAAAAAAAAGCAAGCAAAACAGAACAUAAGAUUUAGCAACCGAUCGAAAGUGUAGUCAUAUGUAGUCGUAAUGCAACUUUUCUGUUUGAACAAUAAUGUAACAGCUAAUUCGAGAGGCAAAGGCAGAUUUAUUUAACAGAGAGAUUUUUACUCAAACUGCGAUGGUUCGAGCUAUCCAAGUAAUUUCGUGUGCUAAAUGUACGAUUCGAACAUUUGAAAAUCGUACGCACGUCGUUUCGGGCUAACGCAACAUGCAAUGCAUUGUGCAUUACGUGCAGUACAUUGCGUUGGUUUUCGACGCGCGUACACCAUCCACGCGAUUUGAAUAGUGACACUUUAGCGCACGAAAUAAUGCAGGGUUGAAAAUAUGAUUUUAAUACAAAAUGACACACAGCAAGACAAGAAGUUUUAAAUUUUUUUUGUAUAAUUUCCGUUUAAUUUCAAGAUUUGAAAUGAGACAAGGUUCAAUUUUAUAUUUUAGCUAUAUCAAAUGCAUUUGUAUUAUUUCCUUUUUCUUUCAUCAAGUUAUUGAACGAAACAAUUAUUUUGAUUUUCCUACAAUUUUUUUAUUCUCUACCCAUUCAUUUCGAUAAUAAACACUAUCAUACCAGA